CGAAAUUCGUCACGUGGUAUAUUAUUUCAAUAAUGUCGCCUAUUGAUCUAAAAUCAUUUAUAAUGCGUAACUUAUCGAGAGUACGAAAUUAAUACUGUAAGCAUUAUUAUUUAAAAUAUCAGAGAUUAUUCUCUUCUGGUUCAAAGAGAUUAAAAACACUCGGCUUAGUAACUCAGUAUUGCAUUCGGCGUCGGUGGUUACCGAGAGAACACGUGUUUUCAAAAUCCAAGCGAAUUAAAUAUAAUUUCGAUCGAACUUGACCUGGGAAAUUUGUUACAAAAAUGGAUGAUACCGUUUAUAAUUUUAUGAAACUGCGCAAUAGACCUUAUAGUCUUAAUGAUAUCGUAUCGAAUCUGCAUAAUGAGCUUGGGAAAUCAGCUGUGCAAAAGUCGUUAGACAAAUUGGUGGAAAAAGGGAAGGUAUUCGUGAAGGCCUAUGGGAAACAAAAAAUAUAUUGCCCGGUUCAAGACACGACACAGUCUAUAGAAGAGUUGAUGAGAAUAGAC